AUGCCUCCCCGAAGCUCGUUGACCAGCUCUUUCUCGGUCACCGAUGCCAACAAUGAAGUGGUUUGUCCUCUGAAAAAUAAUGAUGGGUCCAAUUGUCGCAAGCGAUGUCUGGGAGAAAAACGUUAUCGCUCCAUGCAGGAGCAUAUCCGACGAGCGCAUCCGACUCACUACAUCCCGAAACUCCCGGCCACCGAGGAGAGCUUCUUGUUAAUGGUCAACACCCCGCCUGACCAACGUGCACAUCUAUCUCCCCCAGAUCCUACUCCGCCUAGGCGCCGACAUGAUGUGGCGGAUAGAGACAUCUAUGUCGCUGACGCUAGUUCCCCGGCUACACCUCGAGCUCUUGAUGAACCCCACCCUGCUGCGGCCACUGCAGCUGUCGCUCUGGCACAAUUGCACCAUCAUCGUCUAGCAUCAGACUGGGAUACGGAUAUGGACGCCCACUCCGACACCGAUAUCACUCAGGAUCGUAUGCGCUCCUCUAUUGAACUGCCGUCGCUGCGCGACCACUUCAAACAAGAAUCUUUGACACCAUUCUCGGCGCGACCGAGAGGUCUUUUGCCGUCUAUCCUUAAUCAUUCGCCACCCGGUCGCUCGUCCACGUUGCCCCCAAUUCAGCGCAAAGACAAAGUGUCACGUCCCCGGAAGUCGUCCAUCACACAAUCGGCCCGCAAACCAAAGCAUGAGCGUACAAGAUCAAAGGAGUAUGCUCGACGACCCAGUCUUGGCGACCGUAAGGCUUUAUCCGCGGAGCCGCAGACAGCAGCCUGGGCUCAAGGUAAACGAUGGGAAGAUCUUAUUGAAGCAGCAACAUCAGCUACAGAAGCUGAUGAUGAGCAUUAUUCAGAAGCUGGUAGAUCUCCAACUAUUGCACCGUUACUCGCCAACGUCACUUCAGCACCAUCUGGACCUGGACCUAAGAACCGAUCAUCGUUACCUCCAGCUUUCCAAUCUGGAGGACUUCCACCUCUUGGAUCACACCGGGCUUUCCCACCUCAUUCAUAUGCUGCAUCGCCUCUGCACAAAUCACUUACCCCGCCACCAUUCGAAGGACCCCGCAGCCAUCGCGAUAGCGAUCUAGAACCAUUCCCAUCGAUUGAAUCAUCGUUAGACUCCAUGUCCACGGCAUCAGGAAAGAAUUUCCCCUCGUCAGCAUCCGGAAUGGCCCAUUCCGUCAACUCAGACUCAAGUCCAGUCUUGAACCUCAUUCCGCCCGUGAAUUCACGACAGCAUCACCGGUUCUCCAAUCCAACCCCGGCUUCAUUCCGCAACAAAGAAAUCCAAAUCUACUGCGCCCAAUGUAAACUGCCGCGUGUUCUAAAUGAAUGCUUCGCUUGCACAGAAUGUAUUUGCGGUGUCUGCCGUGAAUGCGUACACAUGUUCAUCUCAAGUCCACCAACCUCCUUCCGCAGUCCAGGAAAUGGAAUGAACAACUUCACAAGUCAAGGACCAACAAGUUACCCCACUUCAGCUCGGGGGUGUCCUCGAUGCCGGACGGUCGGUGGUAAAUGGAAAGCUUUCCAGCUGGACUUUAAGUGA